AUGCAUGUCGAUUUCGACGCGCAAGAGGUUGAGAAGGAUCCAUGUUAUGUUGAGCAAGCGAGAAAAAGAGAAGCGGUGAUGCAAGGUUAUAUGCGAGCAAGAGAAAUUACGGAACAAAUAUUGACAACAGAUUAUGGACAGAUUACAGCAUAUUAUAAGACAUUAGCAGAAGCGAGUCGAUUUAGAAGAGUUAAUGACGUUUUAAAACAGACUGCUCAACGUUCGAGUUGGAGACUUGAAUUGUUUCCAAAAAUUAAACGUUACAAUUCACUGUUAUCAUCAGCAUUUUCAAAUGAUAAAUCUGUUAAAAUAGCCGAAAUUAAUCUGACUAAACAUCAUUUAAGAAUUGAUAAAUUACACCCGAAUGACGAUGGAAAUAAACAAAUAACAAGUAUACUAAAAGACAUACUUUAG